AUGCGCCAUCUCCCUCUUCGCCAGUGCUUCAAACCCCAGCGCUUGCGUCUUUUUAUCCGACCAUUCACCAUGUCUCAAAAAACACAAGAACCCGUCAUCACCAAAACCUCUGACCUCCCGAUUGAUGAGGCAAGGUGGAUAACCCUCAAGAAGAUUGAGUACGUUGAUCAAGUUGGAAAGGCACGGACAUGGGAGGUCGCAACGCGCAAAACGAGAGGAAAAUCUGGGGUCGAUGCUGUCGCCAUGGGAAACAUUCUUCUCCAUCCAUCCAAGCCCGCUUCCACUCUACUCGUCAUUCAGUACCGACCUCCUCUUGAUGCCUACACUAUCGAAUGGCCUGCUGGACUCAUCGACUCUGAAGAGACAGCCGAAGAAGCCGCUGUUCGAGAAUUCAAGGAGGAGACUGGAUAUGAUUGCAAGGUUUUGAGCGUCAGUCCUGCGCAAGCUGCUGACCCCGGAAUGACAAACGCCAACAUGCAACUGGCAAUGGUUGAGGUUCAAUUGGGCGAGAACGAUGAAGAGCCGGAACAAAGACUUGAUGAUGGAGAGCACAUUCACCGAGAGAUUAUUCCUUUGUCUGAGUUGUAUGAGCGUUUGGUUGAGUACUCCAAGAGAGAGCGUACAGUUAUUGCGGCCAAACUUUUUCACUUUGCUGCAGGCAUGCAUUUUGCCCAAACUCAGAAUUGUAAACGGCACUCACCCUCCAUUAUCGUGCCUUCAUCUGUUCACCAAACAAUUAUCAUGGACCCAAACUUGGGAUUUCUACCUUGCACGACAGAUGGGGAGACUAAUAAUGGCGCCUUUGGAUUGACGCGACCCAUAUAUCCCGGCCAGUCCCCGCUUCCAAUGGAAUCCAGGCCCAGAGUCUCCAAAGCCUGUGAGACGUGUCGGAGGAGGAAGCGAAAGCAACGAGAUUCCGAACUUGUAUCUAACCUUGAAGAUCAAGUUCUUGCUCUCAAAGAUUACGUCCGGAAACUCGAAGCUGCAUGCGGGUAUGCUAAUCUUCCAGAUUUUGCAUCGAGCAGCCUCGAAGAUGACGGUCCUUCGAUGCACACCGAGGCGGAUGACGGCGAAAGCUCUGCUAUCAAUGACGUGAGCUCAAUGAUGUGGCGGAUGAACCUUCAUGAUAGCGGAGAGACAUCCUUUCUUGGUCCCUCUGGCAGCUUCUGCUUCCCUGUUACUAACCAUGGCAUCGAGGCUACCAAGACCGAUCCCACCAGUCCAGAGCUGGAAACGGAGAGUGUUCAAGUACUGCUCGACUUAUUCCGACAGCACAUCAACCCAGUCCACCAUUUCGUACCUCCGCAAGUGAUUGAGACUCUCGAAGCGCCUCAAAAGACUCUUGACAGUGAGCUGUUACAGGCGUCUGUCCUGGCAGCAGCAAGUCUCCUCGCCGAUUCACAGAAAGGGCAGAUGUAUGCUGACCGAGCUGAGGCUAUCGUGAUGAGGUGUUGCCGUACAAGUCCCAAUAUUGUGACGGUACAGGCUCUGGCGAUAUUGACUUGGCGUGAGCUGGCACUGGAAAAUGAGAACAAUGCAUGGCUGUAUAACUGCAUGGCGGCGAGUCUGAUAGUUCAUCUCGGACUCCAUGUGAGCUCUCUUGAAAAUGUCAUGCAGAUACCAGUUGGGCCGCCUUCGGGCUCAAUUGAUGAGAAGAGCGUACGAGUACAGACGUUCUGGUCGGUCUUUCUGAUGGACAGAAUUUCCACCUCGAUGCUCGGACGAAAUUGCAUGAUUCCUUGGCGGAGAGUUCGAGCGACACCAUACCUCAAAGCAUGCAGUAGCCCCACGACAGAGGAUACCGUAUUUGAUGCCCACUGCCAGAUGUGGUUUAUUCACGACCGAUAUAUGGACAAGAUCUACUCGUUCGAGUUUGGUGAACUUGAGCCUUUUGAACGGCAUCAACUUCUCUCGGAAGCCCGAGAUCAUCAUAUGACCUUCUUCCGCCAAAUGGGCCGCGAUCUUGAACUUCGAAAGAACAAUAUGAACCCCCAAGUCAUCCUACUUCAUAUGGUCUACAACAUGUCUCUCCUUCUGAUACAUCGGCCGUAUCUUAGGGAACCCAGAGGGAGUGCCGCCCAUCAAUUAUCCACCAGAACAAACAUGACCUCUGCACAUGACCUGGUCAGAUUGAUCCGACAAUACGACAAAGAAGCCAGGAUGGAGAAUGCCCCGUUCUUUGCGGUGCACUGUGUUCUUACAGCUGCCGUGAGUCUGUUGCUGAAUGCGACGUCAACGAACUCGACCAUUCGCAGCCAAUCGGUGCAUCGGUUCCGAGUUUGCGUGGACGCAUUGGACAAGAUGAGAUGGCCGAGGGCGAAUCGGGGUCUUUUGCUCCUCAAAGAGCUGGCCCACAGAUGGAAGGUUGUUUCGGCGUUGCCUAUGAGGCACAGUGUUCCCCUCGGAAUGGCCACGACUGCCACCCCCCAAGUCGAGGAUACCGUCAAUGAUUCUCUUGACUGGGGUAUGUUGUUUGCCAAUCUUGAAGAGCCUCUCAAUUUGGAUACUAUUGACCUGUCAACGCCUACGGGAGAAUGGGUAUUUCACGAAAGCGACUGA